GGCUAACCAGAGAGCCCGGAUUAUCGAGAGAGACGGGCUGCCCCGGGAAGGGAGUCAAAUAACCAUUAAAUACAAUAUAAGGUUUUUAUAAAAUAAGCUCCAGUUAACGUAUCAGUAUUGUCACUACGCGCAACACAAGUUAAGCCAUGUCAACCCCGGCUAGAAGGAGACUUAUGAGAGAUUUUAAACGGCUACAAGAGGACCCUCCAGCUGGGGUUAGUGGUGCUCCAUCUGAAAACAACAUCAUGGUGUGGAAUGCAGUCAUAUUUGGCCCUGAAGGAACUCCCUUUGAGGAUGGUACAUUUAAACUCAUUGUAGAGUUCACAGAAGAAUACCCCAACAAACCCCCCACAGUACGAUUUGUGUCAAAGAUGUUUCAUCCAAAUGUCUAUGCAGAUGGCAGUAUAUGUUUGGACAUCCUACAGAAUCGUUGGAGUCCCACUUAUGAUGUCUCCUCUAUUCUUACAUCUAUCCAGUCCCUGCUUGAUGAACCAAACCCCAACAGUCCAGCCAACAGCCAGGCAGCUCAGCUGUACCAGGAGAACAAGCGGGAGUACGAGAAACGUGUGUCUGCCAUUGUAGAACAAAGCUGGAGAGACAGUUGACCUGACAAUCGUGAUAGCUGCUCUCUCCAUUGUUAAGCUGUGUGUGCUGCAAGUUUUAGUGGAGUACCUCUUAAUUUUUGGGCCCCCCCCCACCUUUUUGAUUUUAAGCUUUUAUGCACUUUACCUCCAACCUCCCGUUAUAAAACAUUUGUUUUUUCUGCCCACCAAGAGGGAUUUAUUUUUUCUAUUCUAUCCCCCUUUUCCAGUCCAUCAGGGGAACUGUGCUGAAUCUUGCCUUGAUGUUUUGUCAGUAUGGACUUGUGGGCCAUUAUCCCCAAAUUUCUGGUGUGUUCUAACUUGCUGUAAUAACACCCCAUGACUAAUUAUGUUAGAUGUCUUGGAGGGUGUAUUAAUCAAAUCAUGGGUCCUAUUCUGUUGUGCUCCUCAUCUUUUCUGUCAGUUUGUUUUCACAAGGCAGUUUGUCUGGGGUCCAAUGUGAUCAUCCUACCUUUCCUUGGGAGAAUGAGCAGCCUGAGCAUCACGGACUACAACUAAAUCAGACAUCUUUACACCAAGUCUUUUGCUGUGUUGUGAACUCUGUUACAUGCAUGACAGAAAGAGUGUAUUCACGUUCCUGUUCAGUACUCAUGUAUAUAAGAAACCUGCAACUGAAUUUAUGUACAGAUUUUGCACUGGUUGUCCCCCAUGUCAUUUUUUCAGCACUUGUAAAUAAAAAAAAAAGGUAAAUUCA